AUGGGGUCGCCCGUGAAAGCUCGCGAGUGGGAGAAGACGCUCAAAGUCAAGUGUCGACUGUGCGGUGGAGCGCGGUGCAAGCGUUGCAGUGAAAGUGCGGCGUUGGCCAAGACGGAUUCGCCCGUGCGAGGGCUCCACGCCGACUGGGUGGCGGAUUGUGCCUUGGCCAUGAUGCGGCCAUCCUCAAGACUCAUGAGCAAGUACAAGAUCGCCGAACAAUUCCACAAACUGAAUAUCACGGCCGUGUUCAAUCUAACGCUCCCAGGAGAACACCCGUACUGCGGUGAUGGUCUCGGCCCCAGUGGCUUUCCGUACGACCCGGAGAAGGACCUCAUGGCUGAAAACAUUCGCUUCUACAACUUCGGUUGGGAAGACAUGACGACACCUACGCUGUCGUUCAUGAUGGACAUCGUCAAAGUUAUCGCGUCGGUCCUGCUAACAGGCCACCAUCGAGUCGCUGUGCACUGUCACGCCGGCUAUGGACGUACGGGUAUCACCAUAGCGUGUGCACUCAUCUUCCUGCAUAACAUCCCACCAGAGCUGGCGAUCCGCCUCGUGCGUCGCGACCGCCCUGGAUCGGUGCAAACUGCUGGUCAGGCCCAGUUUGUCCACGACUUCCACGCGUAUCUCAACGCAGCGCGCGUUGUCUUCGCGUUGCCGAAAAUCCACGAUUUAUUUACUCUCGCGGAGACUGUGGAGCACCAGAACCGCCGUCUACACGGUGAAGGAGCGGUUAAUUCCAACCUGCCCAGAGUGCUCGACUUCCUGUGCGCCGAAGUGGAAGGAGCUGUAGCUGCCUCCUCCGACGUCGUGACUGUGGCCUCAGCGUUCGUCCAUCAUCUCUGUGUUCGCCAGCAAGAAGCGUGGCCGCGUACGAGCGAAUGCACCAAGGAUUUCUACCGCUCGACGCCUUCGGGGUCGGCUGAGUUGCUCGAGCGACAUCGACAGUUCAUCGGAGGCGCAGUGAACGCGUCUCUAAGUGAGAGCAGCAGCAUCUCCUUCGACGUCAUCGAAGCCCCCGAACCGGUGACUCGGGAGCAGCUUUUCCCCAUCAAAGUUGGCUUCAACGUAGGUGAAUGGAACUGGGAGGAGGCCUCGGCGUUGUGCUCCAAUGCCUCGAUUCACGCCAUACUGCUACUCGACUGGCUCGAGCACCUGCGCGAACCGCUAUUAAGCAGCCAACUCGUCGAGAAAUUGCUCGAGAGUGAGACCCACGGCAACUCCAGCAGCGCCACGAACUCCAAUUACCGCUUCCAACAGCUCCACCAGCUUCCAGCGUACGCCAUGAGGUCGCUGGACCGGGUGCUGUCGUGCUUACGCGUGCUGGAGGCGAAGCUCGAGCAGUUCGCAACGGGAGAUAUCCUAUUUGAUGCUGUGUGUGGUGAGGCGCAUCCACGACCGAAUAUUGCCUCGGUUACGAUCACCUCCACGUCCCCGCGGCCGUCGCCGAGAUCGUCGUCUCCAAUCAAGAUCGACCCGCUACCGACCAGCUUCAAUAGACGCGAAGAAGAGGAGAAGAAGGAAGAGAAGUCCCUGGCUCUUCCUUCCUCGCCCUCUUCGUCCCCCAAGAAAGUCGAUCUCAGUCCAUUGCCACCCCAGCCAGUUCCAGACAAGGAGUCCGAGUUGAGCGACGACAGCUUCGCGAUAUCACUGGCCGCAGAGCUCACAAAUCCACCGGCACUUCCAAGCGUACGCGACGGAGGACGCUACAGUAGAAGAGCAGGGAAAUAG